UAUAUGUAACAGGCUUGUUAGACACCCUGUACUAAGGUUUAGCUUACAAGUUAUUUAGUGAAUUAAGUGAGCCAUACAACUGUUCUCAACCUCACUUUAGGGUUCAAUUUUCUAUUUCAAUAGGUACUUUCUAUGUACAAGCUAUUUUUAGCCCAUUGUAUUUUUGGAUUGACUAUGUAUUUUCAAACCCUGCUGUGGCAGUGAUUUGUAGUUUUCAUCUGUAAAGCUCAGUUCACUGGCUGAGACUGUCCAAGCAGGACAACUGGGUAAAUAUUGUACUAUUUUUUACAUUUUUGUAAUGUCAUGGUCCAAAGUCUCCCACUUUGUAAUAUUUUAUAGCAUACAUUUCUUACUUAUUUCAACUAUAAUGACCAUAUUAUAAACACUAGUUGAGAAGUAAUAAUUGUUAGCUUCAUCUUCAAUGUAAACCUGUUUGUAAUAUUUAGUCCAUGUGUCACGCCCAAUUUGUGUCCAGCUUUCAUGGCUGUACAUUUUGGUUUCUAUUGAUUGUAGAGUGACACGUUAUCUACUGUACCAUGCUUAGCCAGUGGGCUCAUAACCUCAUCCCCUAGGGACCAUUAGUAAGUUUUUUAUCAUAGCCUUAUCUUACUUAGUAAACUUGUAAGUUUGUAAUAAUUGGAUGUGAUGUAAAUUCAAGAUGAAAUGUCAUAUUCGCAAGAGCUCAAAUACUUUUAGGCUUCAUGUUUACUCUAAUGGGACAUUUUGUCUAUGUGGUAUUAGUGAAUAGGAUAUCUGGUAAUUUUGUUAUUUGCUUUAGUGGCAAACAUUACAUUUUCCAAUUUUGGCAUUUGUUAUAUUUCUAGUACUGAGUGACCCACAAUAUUGUGACAACCUUCAGUCGCUGACUCGCUUAGUAUAAUAGUCCACGAGGGUAUGUUGAUGUAUUUUAUAUGCCAGUUGCAUGUAUUUUAAAUAGUGAAUAAUGUAAGGUUAUAGCUUCAAAGCAUCUGAACAAUGUUAGUUUGUAGUAUGAGUAUUAUAGUUCACACAUAUUUUGGUACCAUUGUAGCUUAUAUGUAUUGCGUGUAUUACAGUUGAUACACAUUAUGGUACCUUUUGUACUUUCAGGGAACUCCAACUCCCCGUUGUUGUGAUGUGAUUGAAAUGAAUAUACCCAUUUGACUGAUAAACAUAUAUACUGUUGCGUUUGUGCUUAUUUUGCUAAUAUAAACCCACGUCGACCUUGCCCCCGGUCACAUUUGGUGUCAGAUGUGUUUGCGGCAGCAUCAACCUACAACCUACAACCACUUGCAAGCUACAACGUACCACUAGCCAGUAUACAGGUUUAAAACCACAACAAAUGAAUGUGUAUAAUAUAAGUAGUGUUAAUAUUGAGCCAUUAAUGCUUGAUAAAGUGACAGUCAGAUAGUCACUAUAGAUUCAGAUUCAGAUAGUUUAGGCAGUUCUAUAAAUAUCAAAUAUGCUCUAAAAGCAAGCGUUUUUUCCAGUUCAUGUAUUUACAAAGGUGAACUUAUGCAAUUGAAUCUGAUGUCCAUAUGUAGUUAUAUUGUGUUGGGAGAACUCAUGCAUAUUAUGUUGAUAAUGGCUGAAGAAUAAAUGCCAUCUAUAGUGGAGUUAUUAAAUCAAUUACUGUUCAAGUGUCACAUAAAGUGACAGUCACAUAAAGUGACAAUCAAUGUACAUAUAGUAGACUAUGUCUUCAUAGAAUUAUCAGGUUUCUAAACUUAAUUAAGGUUUAGGGUUUAUUGUUGCUAUAUUGCUACUGUGUUGUCAUUAAAGAAGGUAUUAUUAUCCUAACUUACAAAAUCUGUUAGGGUACAGGUAUUAUUAUCCUAACUUACAAAAUCUGUUAGGGUACAAUCCUACACAUAACUACCUUAAUAAAUAUUAGUGUUUGUUUAUAUCUAUAAGGUAUUAUCCUAGCAAAAGCUUUUUGAUAGGGUACAUAUAUACUUAUAUAAUUACACAAUAUUGGCCGAGAAUAACAUAUACGGGUACAAAUUACCACAUGGUGUUGUGCAAAAAUGCACAUUUAAGGGUAUUCUAUAAGUGUACAUAUUACCCACAUGGUGUUGUGCAAAAACGCACAUUAUAAGGGUAUUCUAUAAGUGUACAUAUUACAACACGGUGUUGUGCAAAAACUCACGUUACUAGGGUAGUCUAUAAGUGUUUGUUAGUGUACAUAUUAUCACACGGUGUUGUGCAAAAACGCACAUCAUAAGGGUACCAUAAAGGUGUAUAUAUUACUACAUAGUGCUGUGCAACAACGCACGUUAUUAAGGUGUCACAUAUUCGUACCUAUUGCUACACGGCGUGGUGCUAUAACGCACAAUCUUAUAUCACGGUAGUGUGCUAAAACGCACAUUGUAUUAUCACAUAUUUGUUACAUGCUAGUGUUAUACUAGUAUAUAAGAUUACACGGUGGUAUACCAUAACGCACAUCUUUAUUAGAUCACAAGGGUAUUUGACAAUAAGAUUUUUUACAUAGUGUUGAGUUGGAUAUCCACUCAGUAUUAACACAAGAUGGCGCACUACAUGUCUCAUGAAGAGUUGGAACAACAGUCUAGGACAGCUGAGGAACUUAUAGAUAAAAUGUCUGAAGUACUACAUGUAAAUAACUCCUUGAGAUUUACUGAUGAGGACAUCAAUAAUGGUGUAACCAAGCGUCACUUAAAGGAAACAGAAAACAAACGUCUCAGGGAGAGUCUUGGCGAUAUCGAACGUGAAAACCAGAAGUUGUUGGCCUCCAUUGAUGACGUAUAUGCAGAAUAUGAAACCAGAAAAUCCGAGCUGGAGCGCCUUAUCAAAGAGAAAGAACAAGAACAUACACAAAGGAAACAACACUAUGCCAACUUAUUGAAUAGGGAUCGAGAUACAAUAUAUGGAAAUACAACUGAGAAACUUAAGCAACCAACAGGAAUAUCUGCAAAUGCCACCCUCUUAGACAUAUCACGAGUCAGAAAAAACAAUGAUGUCCUUCCUACAGUUGGAAAUUUCAAUACAUCCACUCCAACAACCAAACCAGUUGCACCUGUGAAACAAUACUACAAAGAGCCAAAGAUCAACAAAUUCAUUGGAAAAGAACAAAAUAUAUAUGACUGGGUAGAUGAUUGUAAACGGGCCUUGAAGAAGAUUCCUGAAGAAGACCAGUAUGAUUAUCUACUCUCACACUUAGAAGGAAUGCCUCGGAAAGAAGCUAAGCUUCUUGGUGAAAUAGCAAAGCCUGAUGAGAUAUUCACCACCCUUCAAAGAGUUUAUGGCAGUAGACAGACUAAACAUUCUGCUCUUCAACUAUUCCUCAACACAAAGCAGAACAAGGAUGAGAACAUAAAAGCCUACAGUCAAAGACUAAUGACACAGCUGGAACUGCUGCAGAACUCCCACGACGAGUUUUUGUGUAUUGACAACACAGAUAGACUUAUCAAAACUCAGUUUGCCAAUGGAGUUUCAUCAGAAGUGAUGCGUCUAAUGUUGUAUGAUAAACUUAAACAACAACCUGCUAUAUCAUUCACAACUCUACGCGAAGAGGCAUUCAUAAUGGAGGAGAAGCAUGAUAGGCAGUCCACUACUACUACAGAUACAUCAAUUAGGGAUAUUAUACAAGACCAAGUAAGGAAAACUCUACAAACUUCAAACUGUACCACUGCUGACUCAGCGCCUACUAGUAUAACAUCUGAUCGUACUUUGUUGAAAGAAUUAGUGAAGGAGGAAAUCCAAAAGGAAUUUCAGAAGGAUGUUAUGACAAAUUACAUCUCCCAGAAGCAAGGUUACAAUCAUCCAGAACAUGGACCAGGAUACUUUGAUACAGACCCCCAUGGCUACAGUAACAGAGGAGACUUCAGUAAUAGAGGAGGCUUCAGUACCAGAGGAGGCUACAAUAACAGAGGAGGCUACAGUAACAGAGGAGGCUACAGUAACAGAGGAGGCUACAGUAACAGAGGAGGCUACAGUAACAGAGGAGGCUUCAGUAACAGAGGAGGUUCCAGUAGCCAAGGAGGUUUCAAUGAUAGAGGAUACUUCAGUGAUAGUAGAGGGUUCAACAAUCAUGAUGAUACUCGCAACAACUAUGACCAGAAUAGGAUCUAUACAAAUCAGCAUUUUCCCCAUAGAGACUUUGCUCAGAGAGGCUAUGGUGACACAAGGGGUAGAGGUACAUCACAUGGAAACAGAACAUAUCCAGGUGGAAAUGUUACAACUCGUUAUCAGCAAAGAGAUCAAGGUUAUCAAGACUACCCUCAGAAUAAUGGAAAUUCUGGUAACUGGAGGAACAGCAACCAAGAAAAUACUUCCUCAAAUGUUCAAAAAAACUAG